ACACACACACACACACACACACACACACGAAAAGACAAAGAGCACUGUGAGCCCAUUGAGGAUAUGUGAACUGGCUCAUUGACACUUGGGAGAGGUAAGUAUUCUGUUUUUCCUCUACAAGUUAUACCCAGAUUUCUUUAGAAUGUGUUUUAGCAUGUGCAGGUGAGGGCUGACAAAUUGUCUGUUGUAUUUUGUUGCCUUGCAUUCAUCCGCAGAUCAUCAGUGGUGAUGGAUUACAUAGUCUAUGUACUUUAAAAAAGGGACUGAUUACAUAGUCUAUGUACUUGACAAAAGGGACUGAUUACAUAGUCUAUGUACUUUAAAAAAGGGACUGAUUACAUAGUCUAUGUACUUGACAAAAGGGACUGAUUACAUAGUCUGUGUACUUUAAAAAAGGGACUGAUUACAUAGUCUAUGUACUUGACAAAAGGGACUGAUUACAUAGUCUAUGUACUUUAAAAAAGCGACUGAUUACAUAGUCUAUGUACUUGACAAAAGGGACUGAUUACAUAGUCUAUGUACUUGACAAUAUGGACUGAUUACAUAGUCCAUGUACUUGACAAAAUGGACUGAUUAUUUAGUCUAAGUACUUGACAAAAGCUAUCCUACUGUUUUGCGAGUGGUCAUGAUUGAGGGAUGCUUUGGGGGGAAUUUUGAUGGUAGUCUUGACCACCUGCUAUUUGGUAUGUGCUGCUAUGAGGCCUAUGGGCACUAACCUGUGGGGGUGAGUCAAUACACUUUGCAACAAUAACGUUUUACAACCUGUUCACUAAAAAUGACCAGAAGAAUGGUCACUGAUUUGGUUGAUACAUGCUUUGUGGUUGGGAUGUUAAAAUGGACUGGAAAAUAAUGGAUUGAUAUUAAUGCAAAAUACAAGGUUAAGCAGAAAGAAAGCAAUUGGUGACAAUGUAUGAACAAAUUCCUUAAACAUUGAUUUGUUCAAUCUGUGCUAUUCAGUGCAAUCCAGAGCUGUGAAUCCAAGUGCAGUACAAUGCAGCUUGGUGUGAACAAAGGGAGCACUGACUACACUCACAUGAACAAUCAGCCCUUUAUUCCUCAGGCCCAGAGCAUAUAGCCGUGCCUUUUCUAGGGUGGCUCUGGACAGCCCCUCCUCUCAUAUAGCAAAUGAGACGGCUAUAUGAGACUCCUAAAGACUGUACAAGGUUAGGGCUGAACAAGGCUGCUUCGUACUGCCACACACACACACACUGUUAGAGGUUAUAUUGUACAUGCAUGUUUUACAUUUUACCGUUGGCUUUUGCUUAUGUAUUUCUCUUUCCCUCACUCUGUUUUACACUUUCAAAACAGUCUGGUCGUACAUUCCCCCAUAGGUGCUGUGGAACGUACCAACCAUUACCUCUGUCAAACACUCACUCUUUCUCAGUUGGAGGUGUUGUACUACCCCCACCAAGCAGUGACUCUCUCUCCAUGAUGGCAUCCUAUAGCCCUACCCACAAGGGCUGGUUUGGUGAGAGGGGGGUUCACCAGGGGAUUGGGCUGGACAUCCUCUUCUGUGGCAGAGACUUUGACACAUCUAAUCUGUACUCCCAAAAUGACACUCAACAACUUCAGGAGGCCAAGUCCCAUUAUGCCUGUCCCAGGGCCCCCCAGAGGUCCCUGCAUGGCUGGGGCUCAUACAGCCCCCCUCCACAGAGACCCAGCACUGGCAGCAGAGGGGGGACCAACCAGUGUCAGAGCUACCACGCCCAUACCCUGCCCCUGCCCUUGCCCUGCAGAGCACUGCCUGUCUUCAGACCCUGUGUCUACAGCAGCCCUCAGGGAUAUAACGCUACCACAGUGGACAAACCUCGCAUGCUUAGAGCCACUAUUACAUCCAGCCCCUCGGAUUCCAACCACCCUGUCCAGCACCAGAGCCAGCAACCCAGACCAAACCAGCAGCAGGUCAUUAAGCAGCAGCACCAGAGCCAGCAACCCAGACCAAACCAGCAGCAGGUCAUUAAGCAGCAGCACCAGCCAAGUCGCAGUCAAAAGCCUGUCUACCAGCCAAGCUUCAGUCCUACUCCAAUCUAUAGGAGACUCACAACCUGGCAGCACAAGGACAACACCAAUACAGACAACACCGUCAAGACUAACAGCCCUCACAGUAACAGAAUCAAGAGACAGGUGGACAUGACGUCCCAGAACGUGUUGGGUCAGCCGCUUGUCCUGGCCUCUCUGCGCGGCCCGCCCUCUCCACGACAGAUCCACAAGACAACUAACCUAGAGGAGGAACUGAGGCUCAUCAUACUGGACACAGAGGACUCAGGGAGGGAUGCAUCCUGCCGUCAUAGCCUCUCUACAGAGAUCAGCCUCAGCAGUGGUCCCCUGGAUUCCAGUCUGGCAUGUUCCCCUGUCUCUGACUGCCCAGAGCUGGAGGGGCUUGAGGAUCUGUCUGCCUCUGAGCUGUCUCUGACAGAGGGCUGGGACCCUGGGCACAUCCCCCUACUGGCCCCUGCCUGGGGCAUGGAGUGGAGCAAACUUGUCAAUGCUGCCAAGGCCUAUGAAGCGAAGAGGACAGUGGAGCCCAUUCCUCCCAGCAUGCCCAAGAAGCAUGGAUCAGAGGGUGGACCUGCUGCUUGCCCACCUAAUCACUACCCUCCUCAGGGCUACAAUGCCCAGCCCACAUUAAGAAGUGAAGUGCCCAGUGAUCUGUCAAGACUUCACCACCUGGAGGCGCUGCUGAGACACUUGGAGAGUAACCUGGAGAAGGAAAGGGAGGAUAAAGUAGCCCUGAUGGAGGAAGUGACAAUUCUGAGAGAGACCAACCAGCGCCUGUGGGAGGAGUCUCUUUCAUCCAACGAACAGCUCCGUAAACUCAGCCUGUUGUUCAACAUGGCCCCAGGAAUGAUGCCUAGAGAGAGAGAAUGACCAGCGACACUAAGAAGAGAGAGAGAUGAUUUGAAAAGAGGAGUAGAGGGAAAAAAUGGUUUCAACAAAGAUAGUACAUUGAAACAGAGUUUACAAAUGUAAAUUGUCUUCAAAAUGUGAUCAGAGAAAGAGGACAGAUCACGGCGAGUUACCAGAGUUUGCUUGUGGAGGUUACUUAUGCUGGGACAGUGACAUGUACAAGCUGGCUAAAUGCUUGAGUUGUUAGCCAGUUCAGCUUUACACAGUUGGUACGUUUUAACUCCAUGACAUUGGAAUAUUUCAGUUGUGUAAUUCUCAUGUCCUCUCGCCUCUCCUGCUUGUCAAAGCCCAUUGGAUGAGAAAACCAGAGAUCCAUCCCCUCUGACCUUCUCCACCAAUGGGUACAAUAAAAUAUUUAAGAAGGCACUGCUGAGAUUUGAACUCAGGAUCUCUUGUAUACUAGACAGGUACUUUAAACCAACUAAGCCACAGCACCCAUAGCUGUAAUUUCUAUUGUGGGUAUUUUGAAUCAACCCAGUAAUUUUCAUUUAAUCCAUAACUCUGUCUGCAAAAUUACAUGUCAAAAUAACAGAUGUAAUUUCCUAAUAUUGUAAUCGAUAUGGACACCUUAAAUUGACUAGCAAAAGGGUUUCUUAAACUAUGGUUUGGGAACAAAAGUGGGCCCUGAGCAUGUGAGAGGUGUGUAGCGAGUUAUGAGUAAACAUUUAGUAUCAUACCCUAUUUCUUCUUCAUUUGGGUUGUUCGAGGACAGUACAUUUCCCAUUUGGGUCUUGAUUUUAAAAAUCAUAAGAACCUUUGAAAUAGCAGAUUAAUCAGUUUGUGUAAGUCAUUAAGCUACCAUGAGCUGGGGGACUUUAUCAAAUGGCAGAGUUUCUUAGUUUACACAGUAAGUUUAAACUCAUUCAAAGUAAGGGCCUUUCGUCAUGACAUUCUGUAUAGCAAUGCCGUGACCGGGAUUCGAACCAGGAUUUCCGAGGCCACAAUGCAGAGUACUGACCACUAUAAGAUCACAGCGAGCUACAGGAGUUUGCUUAUAGGGGAUAUUUAUGCUGGGAAAGUGACGUGUACAAGCUGGCUAAAUGCUUGAGUUGUUUGCUAGUUCAACUUUACACAGUUGGUACGUUUUAACUCUUUCAAAAAGUGCCCCUUUUCGAUGACAUUUGAAUAUCUCAAUCGCAUAUUCCUCACGUCCUCUCCCCUCGCCUACUUCUCAAAACUCAUUGGAUGAGAAAACCAGAGAUCCCUCCCCUCUGACCUUCUCCGCCAAUGGGUAAAAAGAA